AUGUCUUUACCCACGGAGGUAGAAGCGUCAUUCACGACCAUUAUUGACUCAAUCCUUGCCGCAAGUGAUCUCGACACAAUCUCAGAGAAACGUAUUCGCCAAGGUCUCCAGCAGUCUGUCGAAUAUGAUAUUACGCCCCAGAAGACGGCCAUCAAAGCCCUCAUAAUGAGACGCUUCGACAAGUUCGAUGAGCAGAGAAAAGCGCCUCCACAGACAAACGGCCACGCCAGCGUCAAAGAGGAAUCAUCUGCUUCGCCGCAAACUUUUAGCCACACCAGUGUCAAACAGGGCUCACUUGCGUCACAGCAGACCAAUGGCCACACCACUGUCAAAGAAAAUUCACCUCUGUCGUCGGAGCCCACCCGUAAAGCCACUUCUCAGUCGCCCAAGAAACAUAAACAAGAAAGUGACGAGGAGGAGCUCUCGGAUGUCAAAAAUACUCCCCCUCCUAAGAAGAAGAAGAAAGUAGAGCGCGAUAGCGACGCCGCAUAUGCAGCGAAACUUCAAGCUCAGGAGAACGCUCGCACUAGAUCUACAAGAGGUGGAGGGCCAAAAGCACCGCCACCGAAGAAGAACAAGAAGAGCCCGAAAAAAAAGACAUCGGCAAAGGUGAAGGCAGAAGAUGAUAGUGACAUUGAUGCAUCUGGUUCGGACGUGAAGGAGAAAGUCCGGAGCGGUGGAUUUCAUAAAGAGCUUAUGCUAUCCCCGCCACUUUCAGCUUUGCUAGACAACGAAAUCAAGUUAUCUCGGCCUCAGACAGUCAAGCGCAUUUGGGCGUACGUGCGGGCUAAGGAUCUUCAAGAUCCCAGUGACAAGCGAAUGAUCCGCUGUGAUGACGCUCUGAGAGCGGUAUUCAAGCAGGACAAGGUGCACAUGUUCACGAUGAACAAGAUCCUGAGUCAGAAUCUGUACGUCCCUGACGAGUGA